AUGCGCGCCAUCUUAAUCAAAAACGGGCACGGUCCCAUCGAGAACCUCUACAUUGGGGAGACAGAUAAGCCGGUCCCAACGAAGGGAGAGGUUUUGGUAAAGAUUGUCGCAUUCGGCCUUAAUCGCAUGGACCAUUACCAGCGUCAGGGUGGCUACCCUAUUCCCCCUGGCGCUUCCUCCAUUCUCGGUGUGGAGUUCUCUGGACGUGUGACUGAACUCGGCGAAGGAGUAACAAGAUGGGCUGUUGGGGAUGAAGUAUUUGGUCUCGUGGGCGGCGGAGCUUAUGCGGAGUUCAUAAACUGUGACGAAGGACUCUUGUUGAAGAAGCCCGGUCACUUAUCUUGGGUGGAGGCAGCUAGCAUACCAGAAAACUAUAUCACAGCUUAUCAAGCUCUUGUCAAGUACGGGGAAGUCAAGAAGGGCGAUCAUGUACUCGUUCACGCAGGCGCUUCUGGUGUAGGCAUUGCGGCAAUUCAAAUAGCAAGGGAAUUCGGAGCGGCAACCGUUACUGCAACGGCGUCUACUGCAGAAAAACUUAAUUGGCUGCGCUCCAUUCCUAACGGGGCGACACAUACCGUCAAUUACAGAACUGAAGACUUUGCCGCGGAGGUCAAGAAAACCACCAACGGCAAAGGCGUCGAUGUCGUUAUAGAUUUCGUUGGACAAAGUCAUUGGGCCAAGAACGUGGAAUCACUCGCUAUUGAUGGUAGGAUGACGAUAUUGGCUACUAUGAGUGGGAACGAAGUCUCUACAGUCAACCUUGGCCCGAUCCUUUACAAGCGUCUCCGCAUUCAAGGUUCCACUCUACGCUCCCGUAGUCUACAGUACCAGACCGAGCUCAUCACAAGUUUCCGUGAUAUAAUCGAUAAGGUAACUGGUGUCAACGGAGGUGGCCCGAUACGGACUUACAUUCACAAAGUGUAUCCUUGGACAGAGAUCCAAAGUGCUCAUCAUGAGAUGGCCGACAAUAAGAAUAGCGGGAAGAUCAUCGUCGAAGUUCGAUAG